UGCGUAGUUCGGUUUAAUGGGCGGGGCGAUCUAAAGGGAGUGGAGCCUCGUAGCCCCGCCUCCUGCUGUAGGUUUCCUCACUGACUUCCCGGAGCCGGGCAGAAGGGGGCGGGGUUUAGUGGUUUCCUCCCUCUGCCCGAGAGCUGCCCCGGCGAGACCACCUGGCUCGAUAUGCACAGCUCCCCCGUCAUCCCCGAGGAGGUCGCCAGUCUCCUGGCAGAUGUUGACUCAUUUAUAUCAGAUAUCCUAAAAGGAGAAAAUUUAUCCAAAAGAGCAAAGGAAAAGAGGGAUGCUCUGAUUAAGAAGAUAAAAGACAUCAAGUCCAACUACCCUCAGGAAUUUCCAGAAAGUGGAGAAUUAGAAGAUGGGGAAGAACAUGAAGGUCCGUGGCCUUUGGCUCCUGACAACCUAUCUGAUCGGUAUGAUAAAGAUGAUGGUCUGUCUGAUGGGACUCAGUUUCUUCCUGUGGCAGCCCAGGACCUUCAGUUUGUGUUAAAAUCUGGAUACCUGGAAAAACGUAGAAAAGACCACAGCUUUCUUGGCUUUGAGUGGCAAAAACGGUGGUGUGCUCUGAGUCGGACAGUUUUCUACUAUUAUGGAAGUGACAAAGACAAACAACAGAAAGGUGAAUUUGCUAUAGAUGGCUACACCGUCAGAAUGAAUAAUACCCUUCGGAAGGAUGGGAAGAAAGAUUGCUGUUUUGAAAUCACUGCACCUGAUAAACGCAUUUAUCAGUUUACAGCUGCCACUCCCAAAGAAGCUGAGGAAUGGGUGCAGAGCCUCAAGUUUGUAUUACAAGACAUGGGAUCUGAAGUUAUUCCAGAGGAGGAUGAAGAAUAUGAUGAUGUUGGGGAAAGUGACAGAAGUACACCACAAGUGAACACGCAGCCAAUAGAAGAUGACAUUUACGAAUUACUUCCAGAAGAAGAAGAAGCCAAGGUGCCAGCGAAGAGUGAAGAACAGAAGAAAUCGAGCCUGGAGAAUAUUGCCAAUGUUUCAGGCAAUAAAAGUACAGAUUAUGCUAAUUUCUACCAAGGUAUGUGGGACUGCACCGGAGAUGUUCCUGAUGAACUGACAUUCAAACGUGGUGACGUUAUCUACAUUCUCAGCAAGGAGUACAAUAGAUUUGGCUGGUGGGUAGGAGAAAUGAAAGGAACCAUUGGCUUGGUGCCUAAAGCCUACAUAAUGGAGAUGUAUGAUAUUUGAGAGGCCCGGGUAAGUACAUUUUAAUUCAAUCUUCUGUAAUGGCUUAUAUGUUCUCUUGUUCUCUGUUUCAUACAGAUUUCUUUUCCUGGAACCUUAGCAGAAGUUUUGUUAACAAGGACUACAGCAAAAAAAA